GAUGUUUAUGCUUUAAGGGUUUUGUCUAGGGAAUUGGAGAGAUGGGAGAGGCGGGCGCCGAGCGGCUAGAAUGCAUCGAUCUCUCCUGCCCGGACGUGGAGCGCCUGGCGCAACAGCUCAGGAAGGCCUGGAGACAGGGUUCUUCUAUGUUGUGAACCACGGGAUAAGCGAGGAGUUCAUGGCACAGGUGUUUGAGCAGAGCCGGAAAUUCUUCACGCUUCCCUUGGAGGAGAAGAUGAAGGUCUACCAGGAUGAGAACUUCCGGGGCUACACCCCGAUCUUUGACGAGAAGCUGGAUCCGGCAAAGCAACGCCUUGGGGAUGCGAAGGAAGGAUAUUAUAUUGGACGCGAAGUUUCAGGGAGUGAUCCCAGAGCAAAGGAUCCUUUGCAAGGACCAAAUCAAUGGCCAUCUCCUGAUACACUCCCAGAAUGGAAGCAAACAAUGAAAAUGUAUUUCGACCAGGCCGAAAAGCUCUCGCGGAAACUAAUCAAGCUUAUUGCGCGAGCAUUGGAACUAGAAGAAUCGUUUUUCGACAAGCCUGGGAUGUUUGACCACCCCAUGGCAGUGGUUCGUUUGCUUCACUAUCCAGCUCAAGCUUCCAAUCCAGAAGAGGGAUUGUUUGGUGCUGGUGCGCACAGUGACUAUGGCAUGCUCACACUUCUCGCCAGUGAUGGUGUUCCUGGUCUCCAGAUUUGCAAGGAGAAAGAUGCAAAGGAACAAGUAUGGACUAAUGUCCAGCCACUGAGAGGGGCAUUUGUAGUCAACUUGGGAGAUAUGCUAGAGCGGUGGACAAAUAACCUUUUCAGGUCAACAUUGCACCGGGUGCUUAAUUAUGGGGUCGAGUGCCACUCGAUUGCUUUCUUCAUGGAGCCAAAUUUUGACUGCAUUGUAGAGUGCAUUCCAACUUGUUGUAGCGAGCUGAAUCCACCAAAAUUACCUCCUGUCAAGAGUGGCGACCAUCUCUUAGGAAGAUAUAAAGUCACUCACAAGGAUUAUGAAGCUGUGGCAAAGUGAAAAUGUAAGUAAUGGGAGGAUUGUUAGGCACUGAGUUAGGAUAAUAAGAUAAGAAAAAGCCUUACAAUUAAGUGCUUGAAA